AGCAAUUAGUCGUCACCGUGGUUUCUCACGCUGGCAUGUCUGCCUCUGGAGAAGCGGCCGCCGCGUCUUGUUCUCCGUCGGGAGUGUAAACUUUGAAGCCUCGGUAGCCAUGCUGGGCGACGCAUCCCCUCGGAUAUAGACGGCAGAUAGACAAGCAAAAAAAACAAACAAAAAAAACAAAAACAAAAAAAAUCAACAGAAACUACUACAACCGAAACGACAAAGCGUUCCUUGUUUCACGGUCGGGGGGGGGGGGAAGACGGCAUCCGGCCUGAGAAGAGGCUCCGAGGUCGGGGACUCCGGUCGGAACAACGCACAUCGUUUCUGGCCUCCCCUUCCGGAGAGCUCCAUGGAGAAGAUGAAGAGGUUCAAACGGCGCCUCUCCCAGACGCUGAGGGGCAGCCACACCAUCGACGAGUCGCUCUCCGAGCUGGCCGAGCAGAUGACCAUCGAGGAGAACGGUCUUAAGGACAGCGAGCCCAUGGUGAGGAAUGGUCGCCCCCCGACGGCCCACAGCGUGCACUCCUUCCUGCACCAGUACACGGGCUCCUUUAAGAAGCCGCCGCUCCGACGACCGCAGAGUGUCAUUGGAGGCGGUCUGGGCUCUCUGAUGGUCAUGCCCCGCAAUGGCAGCCGCCUUGACAUUGUCCAUGAGAACCUGAAGAUGGGUUCAGAUGGGGAGAGUGACCAGGCGUCGGGGACAUCCUCAGACGAGGUGCAGUCUCCCACAGGAGUGUGUCUGAGGAACCGUGGCAACCGUCGCAUCUCUGCCGAGGACCUGAACAAGCGUCUGUCCCUGCCGGCCGACAUCCGGAUACCCGACGGUUACCUGGAGAAGCUGCAGCUCAGCAGCCCGCCGUUCGACCAGCCCCUCAGCCGGCGCUCCCGCAGAGCCUCCCUGUCGGAAAUUGGAUUUGGGAAACUGGAGACCUACAUUAAACUGGACAAACUCGGGGAGGGCACGUACGCAACUGUCUACAAGGGGCGAAGCAAGCUAACGGACAACCUGGUGGCCCUGAAGGAGAUCAGGCUUGAACAUGAGGAGGGGGCGCCGUGUACUGCCAUCCGAGAAGUGUCACUGCUGAAGGACUUGAAGCACGCCAACAUCGUGACAUUGCAUGACAUUGUCCACACAGAAAAGUCUCUGACGCUGGUCUUUGAGUACCUGGACAAGGACCUCAAGCAGUACAUGGAUGACUGUGGGAAUAUUCUGAGCAUGCAUAACGUCAAGAUUUUCUUAUUCCAAAUCUUGAGAGGCCUGGCUUACUGCCACAGACGGAAGGUUCUCCACAGAGACCUGAAGCCCCAGAAUCUGCUCAUCAACGAGAGAGGAGAGCUCAAACUCGCUGACUUUGGCCUGGCCCGUGCCAAGUCAGUCCCCACGAAGACGUACUCGAAUGAGGUGGUAACGCUUUGGUACCGGCCACCAGACGUGCUGCUGGGCUCCUCCGAAUACUCCACACAGAUAGACAUGUGGGGGGUGGGCUGCAUAUUCUACGAGAUGGCUGCCGGCAGGCCCCUGUUCCCUGGUUCCACAGUAGAGGACGAGUUGCACCUCAUCUUCAGGCUGCUAGGCACACCCACAGAGGACAACUGGCCUGGAAUCUCCUCCGUUGACGAGUUCAAGUCCUAUAAGUUUCCCAAGUACAAGACCCAGCCCCUCAUCAACCACGCUCCCAGGUUAGAUACUGAUGGCAUCGACUUGCUGAUGUCAUUCCUAAAAUAUGAGUCGAAAAAGAGGAUCUCUGCAGAUGAAUCGAUGAGACAGCCCUACUUCAGGAGCUUGGGGCCACGUGUACAUACUCUGCCAGAGAGCAUAUCCAUAUUCACACUGAAGGAGGUCCAACUGCAGAGAGAUCCCGGCUACCGGAAUGCAUCCUACCCUGAAUCAGGCAAUGGCAAGAGCAGAAGGCAAAGCAUGCUGUUUUAGAGUCUCUGGACUGUUUGUUUUAUCCGAGAAGGAUGUACUAGCUAUACAGUCUCAAAGAUGGAUUGGUCCCUGAGAUGGACACUGGUGAGGAGGGGUGAAAACUUCUCGGCACUCAUGGCGUACCCCCCCCCCCCCCAACUUGCCUUGGGGCUCUAUGCCACAGCUCUGCCCUCCAGACGUCGGGAGUGAAGACGACUCCAAAAGAGAUGUUGUUUAUAUUAAUACAUUUAUAUUUAUUGGGAAGAGAAUUUGCUGCUAAAUCCAACUACUGUCUAGAAAUUCUAACUGGCUCAGUCACUUUAAAGAAAACAUGCAAUGUGUAUAGAUUUUUAAUUAUUUUUUGAAGUGGUGGUAUUUUUAGUGUUUUGGUCAAUAUUUCCAUAUUCAUAUAUCAAAACUCCACCUCAAAGAUCCUUAGUGCACGUAUGUGUGCAAGACAGACAAAUGUUUCUGUAGUGGCUCUGAACGCUUGGAUUUCUCUUUGUUAGUGGUGCUGCUCCGUCAGACCCAUUCAUAUUUCCUAACCAUUUAUUUCGAGAGGGUUUGAGGCCAGUUCUGAUCUGACUGAGGGUGAUAAUGUUACCCUGACUGUGGGUGGAGGGGGAUGACAUGGUAGAAGUGCUGCUAGGUUGGGUGAAAACAAGUUCACUUAACCUGGUCAAAUGCUACAUGGAGACGCUGGCAUAUCAUUCCAUGAUGCUGUGGUAUCUCACGAUCAACGAACAAAUCUGGGAGAUGCGGAUGAAGGUAGAAUCAUUGACAUGGGCAUUAACAGAACAGUGAAGAAAAGACUACUCAAAAGCGCCCCUCCCUGCCGUUACCCCAACACUCCCAAUUCCUCACAUGUGGAACCUCCUGCGCAUGGCGUCAAAACGGGCAGCUGCGAGUUAAAUUCCCGGUGUGCAUGCCAGGAUCCAUGGUGCUGCCACCGUGCAUUAAGGCUGCAUACCCCUCCGCCAUUCCCAUCCUCGUCAGCUGUGAAAACGGUUCCUUGUUUGGAUCAACUCCAUCGUUGUGUUGCACGCCUGCUCUGCUGUGUGGAAGCAGGGUGGACACACAGCCUCUGAACUCUUAUUCAGGGCUCACUAAUUCUUGUCUUGACCCUUGUGAAUACGAUGCCGAGUCAGUUUAUUUAACAGUGUUACAAGAGCUAUUUUGUAUGGAUGGAUAUACUUUAACUUUAUUUGUGGAUAAUCGUCAUCGGUGUGGCAUGUCUGACGCAGGUGCUCUCCCAUUAUGAGCUUUGUUUUUUUUCCAGAGAAAAGAGAAUUAAA